UCAAAAUUCCUUACCAGUUCGGGAGAGAUGCCGAACGCCGCCAUGGCCGGAACCAAGUUCUCGUCGUACCACCUCGCCGCAGCGCUCCGCCGCGAGCGCGACCCCUCCGCCGCGCUGCGCCUCUUCCUCAACCCGCCGGCCACCCCUGUUUCCACCCCGUUCCGCUACUCCCUCCGCUGCUACGACCUCAUCAUCUCCAAGCUCGCCGCCGCGCGCCAGUUCCCGGCCAUGGAGGCCCUCCUCUCCAGCCUCCGCGCCUCCUCCCUCCAGCCCCGCGAGCCCCUGCUCCGCUGCGUCAUAUCCGCCUACGGCCGCGCCCGCCUCCCCGCCGCCGCCCGCCGCGCCUUCGCCCACCCCGCCUUCCCCGGCCCCCGCACCACCCGCGCCCUCAACGCCCUCCUCCACGCCCUCGCCGUCUGCAGCACGCCCCUCGCCGAGCUCCUCUCCGUCUGCCGGGACGCCGCCAUCCCUCCGGACGCGUGCACCUACAACAUCCUCAUGCGCGCGUCUGGUGGCUCCAUCGACCACGUCCGCCUCCUGUUCGACGAAAUGCUGCAGCGGCGGAUCGCCCCCACCGUCGUCACGUUUGGCACCCUGGUCGCCGCGUUUUGCGAUUGUGGCCGGCUCGAGGAGGCGUUCGACGUCAAGGACGCCAUGGCUAAGCAGUACAAUGUGAGGCCAAAUGCUCAUGUGUAUGCCAGUUUGAUGAAGGGGCUCUGUCAGAGGGGGGAUGUGGACAAGGCGGUCAGGCUCAAGGAGGAGAUGGUGGCGAGCGCAGAUCUUGGACUGGAUUCCGCCAUUUACGCGACCUUGGUUAGGGCGUUGUUUAGGGGUGGCCGGAAAGGGGAAGUGGUUGGUUUGCUGGAAGAGAUGAAGCGAAGGGACAUUCAGGCUGAUAGGGUGGCGCACAAUGCAAUGAUCGCAGGUUUCUGCGAGGAUGAGGGCGAUCUAGAUGCUGCAUUCACGGUGCUGGAUGACAUGCAGAAAAGUGGGUGCAAGGCAGAUGCAGUUAGUUAUAACACAUUGGUUGCUGGGCUGUGCAAGUUGGGGCGGUGGCGGGACGCAAAUGAGUUGGUUGAGGACAUGCCUAGAAGGGGCUGCCCUCCUGAUGUGGUGACGUACAGAAUGCUCUUUGAUGGGAUGUGUGUUGCCGGGGCGUUCCAUGAAGCAGAUCAGGUUUUGGAUGAGAUGACUUUUAAGGGUUUUGCGCCAAGCAAGGAUGGCGUGACCAAGUUCAUUCAGGGAAUUGAGAGGGAAGGGGAUGCAGUGUUGCUAGAGUCAGUGUUGUGCCGUCUGGCAAAGGUGAACGCUUUGGAGUCAACUGCAUGGGAGAAAGCUGUCACCAGUGCGCUGAAUGAUCCUGCAGAGCUUAUGAUAGAGAAACAUCUGGAUAAUUUAAGAUUCAAUUGACUGGAUCUCUGGAUACUUGAUUAACAUGGUUGUUGUUUUGAAAGUAUGAUUGUGCUGUUUUAUCUACUAAGCUACCACUAUGUUGUAUUGCUAGCCAAGGCUACCUAUCACGUUUUCCUACACAAUUCAGGGUGGAUGUAGUGCGCAGAUGGGAGUAUAUUGGCAAUACAAAUGCUUCAUACAAGGUUAUAGAAACCCUAGAGAAGGAUUUGUAUACAGUUUCCCUACACUACAGGAACUCCAUGUGAACAAAUAUGUAUAGAAGCUAGCAGAAGACACAACAAUAGUUUUCCCUAAAAUAACACAUUUUAUGGCUACACAUUAAUUAGGGGGGUAUUUACAAGAAUUAGCAAAUGCCAGAAAGAGUGAAGAUAUUGGAGAAAAGACUUUACAAGUGCAACAGUCGUAUGGCUAUCUUAUCAAUUUCUAUGCCUUUCAAAACUGAAGUAUUCAGUUGGAAACUGAUGUAGUGAGUACAUGUUUACCGCUUCCAUCUCCUGUGCCUUAUGCCACACAAAAUCAGCUCUGUUAGCAGUAGUUCGCAGUCGGAGCCUGGACUUGACAGUCUCUCCCGUUUAUCUUUGAAAACUCAGGUGUCAUCAUGAAGGUUGUUUUUUUAGGGAUAGAUUUCCUGAACGACAGAAAACCUCAAAGCUUCUGAUAUUUUUGUUGAUAUGGCUAGAAAGAAAUAAAUGAAUCUUCAGGCAAGUGGAGCACUCCUUUCCCUGACUGCCGGCAUCUAGGAAGAAGUUCCUGCUUGGAAGGAGGUUCGCCAGUUAAUGCGUAGUUUAGAACUUUAUUUUCCUGCCUUUAGUCCAUCAACAACCUCCAUUCGUUGAACGAAAAUCUAGCACUUGUUCACAUAAAAAAGGAACUAUUUGUUUGGCAUAGAACCAAACCAAGUUUUGUUUCACUCCAGUUUAAACCAUUUUUCUUAGUCAUCCUGGUGUUCGGCAUACAAAUUCUUGUGAUUAUCAGAUAUGCAAACUUUUCAUAGUUGAUUUCCAGCUUCCAAUUUUCAUUCUCUUUUAGUCAUACAAUCUACAUGUAAAAUAAAAUCAGUACUGCAUUAAGGUAUGUAUCAUUGGUAAAUGAUAAAUUAAUAUGCUGCACCAUUAGCAUGUAAUUGGAUCAUUAGUCUUUGGUGCAAAGUAUGCCAUGACGUCUAGGGCCAUUUUGUUUGGACUCAAAUGAAUGCCAUGAGCUUACGAUGCUUUUAAUUGUCACUUUCAUUAACUCCUUAGUUGAUUCUUUCACUUGUUUAGUAUUUCGUAUUAAUGGAAAUACGAGGUUGGCAAGCAAUACUGUAGACACGCUUGUAAUUUUUUUCUUUGUGUGUUGGUUCUAAGAAUAUGUCCUAUUCCAGCCUAUCGGAAACUUGCUCGGAGCUAUCAUCCUGAUGUAAACUAGUAAGUUUGGUAAUCAUUAGCUUGUUGCUUUCCAGCUCCUUAUAACACUUUUGUUUCAACAAUGCAGUUGCUACCGACCAUCUAAAGGACGCUGGAGAUACGGUUUGAACUCUGAAAGUUGACUUCAUCCGGGAAGAGAAAUGGGCGGUCGGUUCAGAAGUUGCAUGUCUAAAGUCAUCGUGCUGAAGCUCCUUCUAUUUUUUUUUUCACAAGUGAACUGAAACUAUUCCCAAUCCAAAACACGUCAGGCUAACUACCCAGCAUUACAGCCAGACCUGGGCAUGGCUAGCUUCAGGGUUCAGGGUCUGUUAUGUCCUUGAGUGGCGAAUUUUAUAUUUGGAUAAUCGAAGGUAUGGAAAGGAACGAGCGAUAAGGCGGCCUUUACAUGUGUCAAACUAAGAGAAACGUUGAUCAAGAAUGUUAGGUAGGCGCAUGAUUCAUUCAGCUUCUUAAACACGAGGCCAGAGCAGAACCGAUGAAUUUGGACGCGUGUUGCCUCUGCUUUUGCCUAUGACUCGACUAAAAAAGUCCCUUUUGUACUGCCGCACACUUGCUAUCUUUCUUCCUUUCUGCGAUGCUCUAUGUACGGGAAUGUAUGUAGUAUGUCGAGUUAAGUAACGAAUCUAGCUUGGGGGGCAGAAAGGGAAGCGAGAAUGGAACCAGUGUCACAUCGGAUGCUCGCUAUUGGGCUGCUACAAAACCCCUAUAGUUGAGAAAAAGAAACAGAGAUGAAACGUGGGGUAACCCAGAUCACUCGGACUAGCUGAACUCUUCACUAUUCUAAAACCGGAGCACAGGCCUAAUCACAGUCACU